AUGGCUACCACCAACAACGCUCAAGAAGAAGAGCCACCGAGAUCUACUACAUUAGAAAGGCAGGUCCAGACUCUCAUGACAGCAGUAGAACGACUCACAAAGCAGAACCAUGACCUGGAGGAGCAGCUACGCCAAAGGGAUGCAGGACCUAACCUUCAGGAGCAAAACCAAGAAGGUAACAGUGCCGAGCGAAGGGAGCAGGAGAGGCCAGAGGGCAACAACGCCCCAAGCCGACCGGAGCGGCAAAACGUAAGCCUUCCGUCUCUCAUGGAUUUUGCCCCUCCGCCUAUCAUCCCAGAGAUGCAGGCGAUGAAGGAGCAGAUGGAGGUCAUGAUGAAUGCCCUUAAGGGACGAGUAUCUUCUGAUCUCGACGAUUUAGUGAACAGAACCGACUCACCAUUCACUACGGCGUUCCCGACCACGUUGAAGGGGCCUGCGAAGGUUUGGUUCAGCAGGUUGACACCAAACUCCAUCAAUACUUUCAAGGAGUUGAGCGCCCAGCUCACCUCACACUUCAUAGGCGAACAUCGGUACAAAAGGUCCACCGCGUGCUUAAUGAGCAUCAAGCAGCGAGAAGAUGAGAUGCUGCGGGCCUACAUAACUCGUUUCAACAAAGAAGCCCUUUCGAUUGACGAAGCUGACGAUAAGAUACUCGUAGCCGCAUUUACUAGCGGGCUACGGAAGGGUAAGUUCUUGUGUUCCUUGUACAAGAAUGAUCCAAAAACCAUGACGGACGUUCUCUACAGGGCUACCAAGUACAUGAAUGCAGAGGAUGCAUUGUUGGCCUGCGAGGAAAAGCCUAAAAAGAGGGAGAGGCAGGACACGCGACAGGAUAGGGGGCGAAAGGUCGCUAGAACCGGGGAUCAACGUGAUGAAAAGCGCUCCAGACCCCCCACUGGAAGAUUCACCAAUUUCACCCCGUUAACCGCCCCGAUCGACCAAGUAUUGAUGCAAAUCAAAAAUGAAGGAGCAUUGACUUUCCCUGGAAAGUUGAAGGGAAACCCCAACAAAAGACCGAGAGACAAGUAUUGUCGCUUUCACCGAGACCACGGGCACGACACAGCCAACUGCUACGACCUAAAGCAGCAGAUUGAGGCCCUAAUUAGGCAGGGGAAGCUACAAAGGUUCGCCAGCAAGGAAAGAAUCGAUACACCGGAGGAACCGGCCCCACGACGGGAGAACGAGCACCCUAGACCACUCAUAGGGGACAUAAGAAUGAUUGUAGGGGGCACAGCUAUAGCCGGAUCUUCCAAGAAAGCCCGCAAAACCUACCUAAGGAUGGUCCAUAGCGUCCAACUCACAGGAUCCGUACCAAAGAUGUCGCGAAUAGAAAACCCCGUCAUAAAAUUUUCAGAGGAUGACGCUUGGAGACUUCACCAUCCUCAUGACGACGCGCUAGUGGUCAGCCUGCAGAUAGGGGAUUAUAACAUGCACUGGGUCCUCGUCGACAAUGGCAGCUCAGCAGACAUCCUAUACUAUCUAGCAUUCCAGCAAAUGAGGAUUGACAGGGAAUGGUUGUUCCCAAAAAACGCCCCACUCGUGGGAUUUGGGGGUACGAAGGUGAUCCCUUUGGGCACAAUAACACUAGCUGUGACGGCGGGUGACUAUCCUCAGCAGAUCACUAAGGAGAUAAUGUUUCUCGUAGUCGACUGA